GCCCUGCGCCCGUUUCCUCCAAUGUAUGCUCUAGGGGGCGGGCCUCGCGGGGAGCAUGGACACGAUUGGCCCUAAAGUCUUCCCCGCAAGGCCGUGGGCUGGACAGCGUGGUGACGUCGCAACGCGGCGCAGGGUGAGAGCGCGCGCUUGCGGACGCGGCGGCAUUAAACGGUUGCAGGCGUAGCGGAGUGGUAGUUGUCUUUCUAGGUCUCAGCCUGUCGUCGCGACGUUCGCCCGCUCGCUCUGAGGCUCCUGAAGCCGAAACCAGCUAGACUUUCCUCCUUCCCGCCUGCCUGUAGCGGCGUUGUUGCCACUCCGCCACCAUGUUCGAGGCGCGCCUGGUCCAGGGCUCCAUCCUCAAGAAGGUGUUGGAGGCACUCAAGGACCUCAUCAACGAGGCCUGCUGGGACAUUAGCUCCAGCGGCGUAAACCUGCAGAGCAUGGACUCGUCCCACGUCUCUUUGGUGCAGCUCACCCUGCGGUCUGAGGGCUUCGACACCUACCGCUGCGACCGCAACCUGGCCAUGGGCGUGAACCUCACCAGUAUGUCCAAAAUACUAAAAUGCGCCGGCAAUGAAGACAUCAUUACACUAAGGGCCGAAGAUAACGCGGAUACCUUGGCGCUAGUAUUUGAAGCACCAAACCAGGAGAAGGUUUCAGACUAUGAAAUGAAGUUGAUGGAUUUAGAUGUUGAACAACUUGGAAUUCCAGAACAGGAGUACAGCUGUGUAGUAAAGAUGCCUUCUGGUGAAUUUGCACGUAUAUGCCGAGAUCUCAGCCAUAUUGGAGAUGCUGUUGUAAUUUCCUGUGCAAAAGACGGAGUGAAAUUUUCUGCAAGUGGAGAACUUGGAAAUGGAAACAUUAAAUUGUCACAGACAAGUAAUGUCGAUAAAGAGGAGGAAGCUGUUACCAUAGAGAUGAAUGAACCAGUUCAACUAACUUUUGCACUGAGGUACCUGAACUUCUUUACAAAAGCCACUCCACUCUCUUCAACGGUGACACUCAGUAUGUCUGCAGAUGUACCCCUUGUUGUAGAGUAUAAAAUUGCUGAUAUGGGACACUUAAAAUACUACUUGGCUCCCAAGAUCGAGGAUGAAGAAGGAUCUUAGGCAUUCUUAAAAUUCAAGAAAAUAAAACUAAGCUCUUUGAGAACUGCUUCUAAGAUGCCAGCAUAUACUGAAGUCUUUUCUGUCACCAAAUUUGUACCUCUAAGUACAUAUGUAGAUAUUGUUUUCUGUAAAUAACCUACUUUUUUUCUAUUCUCUGCAAUUUGUUUAAAGAAUAAAGUCCAAAGUCAGAUCUGGUCUAGUUAACCUAGAAGUAUUUUUGUCUCUUAGAAAUACUUGUGAUUUUUAUAAUACAAAAGGGUCUUGACUCUAAAUGCAGUUUUAAGAAUUGUUUUUGAAUUUAAAUAAAGUUACUUGAAUUUCA